AUGCACAAGACUCGUGUUUUUGGACAGAGUCACUGGAUGUCCGGUGUUGCUCAAUUUGGAGAUAUACUUCUGAUGAUCGAUCCCAUUGCCAGCGAUGAGACUUCAAAAGUAAUACUCGACAUGCAAAAAUGUAAAAGCCUGGCCAAGAUCAUCAAAGAACGACGACGACCCCCGUGGCCUACACCCCUGACCUCAGAUUUGCCCCCAAAAGAAAUGGCCGAUACACUGGUGGAUAUUUACCUGCGAACGAUGGAAACUUUCUAUCGAGUCUUUCACAUUCCAACAUUCACACGGGAUUAUGAUGCUGUUUGGAUUCCUGGAGCAUCACCCGAUACUGCGUUUCUUGUUCAAUUGAAGUUGAUACUGGCUAUUGGUGCGACAAUGUACGAUGACCGAUUCACGCUACGACUUUCUGCCAUUCGGUGGAUCUACGAGGCGCAGACCUGGAUUUCAGAACCCGAGUUCAAAUCCAGGUUGAACAUCCAGUUUCUGCAGACUCAAAUCUUACUCCUCCUCGCACGUGAAACUGUUGGCGUCGAAGGAAGUUUCAUCUGGAUUUCGGCAGGGGAGCUGGUUCGAAAUGCCAUGUACAUGGGCCUUCACCGUGACCCGGAACACCUCCCCAAGGGGACAACCUUUGUGGCGGAGUUCCGUCGGAGAAUAUGGAAUACCGUAUUGGAGAUCUCACUCUAUUCAAGUAUAGAGUCUGGUGGAAAUCCUCUACUCUCGCUCGAGGACUUCGAUACGCAUCUGCCACAGAAUUUAGACGAUGACCAAAUCAUGGUCGAAAACUCAAUACCGAGCCCGGAACAUUCGUACACGAAAAUGUCAAUUGCACUUGCUCUGCGACAGAUGUUCCCUGUUCGAUUGGCUAUCGCGAAACGAUUGAACGGAAUCAGUGACCACAGUGGAUACACAGAAACUCUUCGAUUGGAUGCUGAACUCCGGGCAUCUUACAAGACUUCCUGCAAGCAUUUACAAGGUCAAAGCAGUGAAGGUACAGCCGGGCCGUCAGACUUUCAGAAAAGGUUACUUGACUUUACCCUACGUCGUUAUCUGGUUGCGCUACAUUCACCUUAUUUUAACGCAUCACAGCAUGACAGCACAUACGCGUACUCAAGGAAGGUUAUCGUCGAAAGCUCACUUAAGAUUUGGAACUACGUUUUCUAUAGCCCAUCCAUAGCGACAUCCGCUGGAUGUGUCGAGGGAGAGACGCAGGAGAACCAAGACUUUUGGAAAAUGGCAAUAUGUGGAAACGGAAAUUUGCGGACGUGUGCCGCUCAAGCAUGCUUUUUGAUUGCUGCUGAUCUCAGAGCCCAGCUAGAAGAGGAGGAAGGCCUUGGUCCUGUGACACUCAGACCUGAUCUACUAUCGGUGAUAACCGAUUGCAAGUCAUGGUCUUUGGAUGCCCUAAGGGCUGGUGAAACAAAUGCCAAGGGUUACAUGUUUCUAGAAAUGGUAUCAACCUUGUUAGGUGGGCUCAAGAAUGGGCUUCGCAAGGACCAGUUGAGCCAGAUGCUUGUCACGAGUGCCGAGGAGGCACUGGCAAACUGCAUCGAAAUAUUUGAGGAGGUGCUUAGUGAGGGUUCGGACGAGAUCGGUACCAGUCUGGAUGAAGUGAAUGAUCUCGCUCCGUACUCCCUACCGGAACUUAUAAGUGACUGGGGCUUCCUGAGCCAGCAGAAUCAAUUCGACUUUGGUGUUGCCGAGCCGAUGAAUUGGGUUUACACUGGGUAUCCCUAG